AAUUGCAGAGGUGCCAACUGCGAAGGAUCGUAAUUCCUAAAUAUUCUUUGUCACAUUUUAUGACUCUCUUCUCUUGAGUGACGAAUUAGUGUAUAAAUAAAUAAGCAGCUUCUCCAAAUCCAAUAGCAUUAAAUUCUUGUCUUCCUCCCAAUUACGAUUCUCUCACACACAUGUUCCCUCCUUAGUACUUUCUCUCUCACUCUCUAACUUUGUCCUCUGUCACUCAAAACCCAUUCUCUAGUUUCUAACACACAAACACUCUCUUUUUGUUUCUUUGUUUUGAUUUCAACCACAACCAUGUUCUCAGUAUACGACGCCGCUUUCGUCGACACAGAGCUCUCCAAACGCACUUCAAUCUUCGGCCUCCGCCUCUGGGUCCUCAUCGGCAUCCUCGUCGGAUCCCUCAUCGUCAUCACCCUCUUCCUCCUCUCCCUCUGCCUCACCUCCCGCCGCCGCCACCACCACCACCACCACCACAAGCACCGCCGUCACCCCACUCCCCCAAUCUCCAAAGAAAUCCUCGAGAUCGUCCACGUCCCCCCACCCCCCGACACCGGCCACCUCCCCCCUCCUCCUCCACUGCCGCCAAAACCCGACCACCCUCGCUCCGCCGCCAUGGCGGCGCUCUACUCUAGCGGCGAGAGCAGAGCAGCCGCGAGCGUGUGCGAAACGGCGUCGUCGUCGCUCGGAAGCGGGAGUGUGGGCCCCGAAGUGUCACAUCUCGGGUGGGGAAGGUGGUACACGCUCCGAGAACUCGAAGCCGCCACUAAUGGGUUGUGCGAAGAGAACGUCAUCGGCGAAGGUGGCUACGGAAUCGUGUACUGUGGCUUGUUGCCCGAUGGCACAAAAGUUGCUGUUAAGAACCUUUUGAAUAACAAGGGCCAAGCUGAGAGAGAAUUUAAAGUAGAGGUAGAAGCAAUUGGUCGUGUGCGGCACAAGAAUCUUGUUAGGUUGCUUGGAUACUGUGUUGAGGGGGAAUACAGGAUGCUUGUGUAUGAAUAUGUCAACAAUGGGAAUCUAGAACAGUGGCUUCAUGGGGAUGCUGGACCUGUAAGCCCAAUGACAUGGGAUAUCCGAAUGAACAUUAUAUUGGGCACGGCAAAAGGAUUGGCUUAUCUUCAUGAAGGUCUUGAACCAAAAGUUGUCCACCGAGAUGUGAAAUCAAGCAACAUACUGAUUGAUCGCCAAUGGAACCCAAAGGUUUCUGAUUUUGGGCUUGCUAAGCUUUUGUCAGCUGAUCAUAGUUAUGUCACUACUCGAGUGAUGGGGACAUUUGGUUACGUUGCACCAGAGUAUGCAUGCACUGGAAUGCUGACUGAGAAGAGUGACGUGUAUAGUUUUGGGAUACUUAUUAUGGAAAUAAUUACUGGAAGAAGUCCUGUUGAUUAUAGUAAACCACAAGGAGAGGUUAAUUUAAUAGAGUGGUUGAAAAGUAUGGUUGGGAAUCGAAAAUCUGAGGAAGUAGUUGAUCCUAAGAUUGCUGAAAAGCCAUCUUCAAGGGCUCUUAAACGGGCUUUGUUGGUUGCUCUUCGAUGUGUUGAUCCUGAUGCGGCAAAGAGGCCUAAAAUAGGACAUGUGAUCCACAUGCUCGAGGCUGAGGACCUCUUAUUCCGUGAUGAUCGAAGGAGUGGAGGAGAAUCUUCCCGUUCCCAUCGCGAUUAUCAACUAGAGCAUAAGGACUCAAGAUUAGAUAAAAGGAAGAUAGGUGGAGAGAUCACUGAUCAAAGUGAAGAUGAUAGUACUACUAGUAGUAGACAUCACCCUCAGCCCACUAGAUGGAGAUAACUGAAAAGCAAUGUGCCAUAUUAUUUUUCUUCCUGGUAGUUUGCCAAUAUAUUUUUACUUGAAUGAUGAAAGAAGCAAUUAGUUUUCCCCCCAUAUUUGCAUAAUGUCCCCAGUUGUAACCUACCUCAAUUUGGGAUUCUUUUGUAUACUCUGAUUCACUACUAUAAAAUUCAAAAUUGUUUGUCUCUGUUUACAAGACAAAUUUGGAUAAGCAUUACACAAAAUUAGUACUCUUCCCAUGUGGUCAAAAUAUGUUAUCCACCACCUUUGUCUCCCAUAUUUUGUUUUUAGCAUUGCCUCCUGGUCCCAUCAUAUGUUGGAUAGCAUUUUAUCAUUUAUGAGUGCAGUUGGUGGGUCCAGUUGGAUGCUUCUGAUCACUAGGCCCACAAUGAAUCCAGCUACUUGAUGGAAACAAUUUCAAGCUUUUAACAUCAUUGCCAACUUCAUAGUUGGAUGCUUAUGAAGAAAUCAAAAUGCUGGCUAGCUAAUCAAUAUCAACUGUAUCUCCUACUUCUUGUCAUGAAUGGCUUAGAUUUCCCAAAUGGAACAACUGGCACUGGGAGCAGGGAAGUGUGCAGGAACUUGGUCAUAGGUUUUGGUUUCAUUGUCAAUGCCAGACUUGCCAUUACACACUUUUGUCAUUAGAAAGCAACCGGCACUGAUUGGUGCCUUGAGUAUGAGCGUAUCUUGGGGACACCCUUUUUUUUGUCUCU